AUUUUGUGCCAGUUCAUUCUUGUUUAUCGCGUGUGCGAAUUAGUUCAGUGGAGUCGCCCAACUUACAUUCCGUUACAUAUUACAAGAAAGUGCCAGAAAUCUUCCCACAAUGGAGUAUGUGAAGCCUUUUGUUGGUAUUCCUGAGUAUAUUACAUUCGUUGAUUCCCUGUCCGUGGAGGACCUGAAAUCUGAAAUCGUGCGCCUUGAAUACGAGAUACGUACAAUGAAGGAGGAAAUCGGCAGCAAAGAAAGUCGUAUAGCAAAAUUGAAGGAAGCGAAUGAAAAAAGUGCCAAAUUCAUCGCACGCCACCGUAAGCCACCCUACCUGGUGGCGACCGUGCAGGAGGUGCUGGAUAUGGAUCCGCUGGCGGACGAGUCGGACCAUGUGGACGGGAUGGUGCUGCGGGAUUCGCAGACCAAGUGCAAGAGUGUGGUGAUUAAGACAACCUCACGGCAGACCUGCUUCUUGCCCCUGGUUGGAAUCGUUGAUGUGGAAAAGCUGCAACCGGGAGAUAUGGUCGGUGUGAACCGGGAUACGUACUUGAUUAUGGAACUGCUGCCGAAGGAGCGUGAUCCACGUGUGCAGGCAAUGCAGGUGACCGACCGGCCAACGGAGCAGUACACCGACAUCGGUGGGCUGGACAAUCAGAUCAAGGAGCUGAUCGAAGCGAUCGUGCUGCCCCUGACACACAAGGACAAAUUCGAACGUUUGGGUAUCCGCCCGCCGAAGGGUGUGCUGAUGUACGGACCACCAGGCACGGGUAAAACGCUGCUAGCCCGUGCCUGUGCCGCACAAACCAAAGCGACCUUUAUCAAGCUGGCCGGUCCCCAGCUGGUGCAGAUGUUCAUCGGUGAUGGGGCCAAGCUGGUACGGGAUGCGUUUGCCGUGGCGAAGGAAAAGGCGCCGACCAUCAUCUUUAUCGACGAGCUGGAUGCGAUCGGUACGAAACGGUUCGACUCAACCAAGGCCGGCGAUCGGGAGGUACAGCGGACAAUGCUCGAGCUGCUGAAUCAGAUGGACGGAUUUGGGCCGUCGGAUGACAUCAAGGUAAUCGGAGCGACUAACCGGGUGGACAUACUCGAUCCGGCCUUGCUGCGUUCCGGACGGCUGGACCGGAAGAUUGAGUUCCCGCACCCGAACGAUGAAGCACGGGCGCGUAUCAUGCAGAUCCACUCGCGCCGGAUGAACGUUAGUCCGGAUGUGAACUUUGAAGAGCUGGCCCGUUCGACGGACGAUUUCAACGGGGCACAGUGUAAGGCGGUUUGCGUGGAGGCGGGCAUGAUUGCGCUGCACCGGUCGGCGUUUGAGGUGGCGCACGAAGACUUUAUGGAGGCGAUCAUUGAAGUGCAAGCGAAGAAGAAGACUAACUUGGGCUACUUUACAUAGAUCGUGUGGCGGUUUUUUUUUUGCAAUGUUCAUCUAAAUAAUAUUAAUUUUUCUGUAAGUUGUUAUGAACAAUAAUUAAUGUUUCGUAUA